UGAGGAACCACAGCACCAUCACCGAGUUUAUUCUCACUGGGCUGUCUGAUGACCCCCACAUCGAGGCUCUGCUCUUUGUGCUCUUCCUGGUGUUUUAUAUCCUGACCAUGAUGGGGAACCUGACGAUGAUGCAGGUGAUCAGGGCUGACUCCCACCUCCACACGCCCAUGUACUUCUUUCUGAGUCAUCUAUCAUUCGUGGACCUCUAUUUAUCUUGUGUCGCUGUGCCUAAGCUACUGAAGGACCUCCUGUCUGAGCAGAAAACCAUCUCGGUAGAAGGUUGUCUGGCCCAGAUCUUCUUCGUGUUCCUCGGUCCAGGGAAUGAAGCUUAUCUGCUCUCUGCCAUGGCCUAUGACCGCUAUGCCGCCAUCUGCCACCCGCUGGUCUAUGGCCAAGUGAUGAGCCACCAACUCUGUGUGAGGCUGGUGGUGAUCUCGUGGGGUCUGGCCUCUCUCAAUGCAGUCAUCAUUGAGCUUUUGGCUAUUAACCUGGACUUCUGUGAUGCUCAAACCAUACACCACUACAUGUGUGAGCUGCCCUCCCUCUUCCCUCUGUCUUGCUCUGAUAUCUCCAUCAGUAUCAGUAUCUUGUCCUUAUCCACUAUAUUCCUUGGGUUUGGAAACUUCCUCCCAAUCUUCUUCUCCUAUGUCCGUAUUAUACUCAACAUCCUGAGCAUCAGCUCCACCGCAGGCAGAAGCAAGGCCUUCUCCACCUGCUCCUCCCACCUCGUUGCGGUGAUCCUGUUCUUCGGCUCAGGGAUGCUUCGCUAUCUCAUGCCUCCCUCUGGUUCCUCCCUUAAUUUACUCUUCUCCAUACAGUACAGUGUGAUCACACCCCUGCUGAAUCCCCUCAUCUACAGCCUCAAAAACAAGGAGGUAAAGACAGCUGUGAAAAGGACACUGGGGAAAUAUUUGCAAUAUUUCAGGUGGUGA